AUGCUUUUAAUACCGCGAUCAAGAUAUGUAUGGGAAGGUACGCGAGCUAAGAAAUUUGCCCGUAUUGGAUCCGAGAAGAAUCUUAGUCUUGCUCAAGAAUUUAUCAAAAACAGAAUUGCGCGAUUAAAGGAAGGGGAAUGUGAUGAUCAUGUUGAUUUCGUGCACUUCCUAGCUUCAAAAGGUCGUAGUCAAAACAAUAAUCCGGAAGUUGAGAAGGAAGUUGUAAGUGAUAUUAAAGCGAAUAAUAAUAAUAACAAUUGGAAGAAAAUGACGUAUCUACAUGCUUCCAUUUGCAAAAGCAUGAGACUAUCAACAGAUAUAUGGCCAGACGGGACAAAGGUGAAUAAAGGAACAGAAGUGAUUAUACAUAUAUUCGCGAUGGGGAGAUCACAAGAACUAUGGGGUGAAAAUUGGGCGGAAUUCAAACCAGAGAGAUGGUUACGAAAAGAUUGGGUAUUUAUCCCGAGGGAUCCUUUCAAUUACCCGGUGUUUCAAGCCGGACCGAGGACUUGUCUUGGAAUAGACAUUGCUUUUAUGCAAAUAAAAUUGGUAGCUGCUAAUGUGCUAAGCCAAUUUCAGCUUGUUCCAGCAGUGGACGGUUAUAGUCCUGUUUAUAGUUCGACUUUGACAUCAAAGAUGAAAAAUGGAUUUCCAGUUAGAGUAAUUCAACGUGUCUAG